AUGAUGAGCAAUUACUUUCUGAAAUGGGAUUAUGCAUUAUUAGUGGUGCUUAUUAUGUUGUAUGAUGCAGGAUUAAUCCAUGGGGAAGUUACAUGCUUAGAGAAUGAGAGGCAAUCACUCCUCCGCUUCAAACAAGGCAUAGAUGAUCCCUUGGACAUUCUGUCAACAUGGAGGGACGAUGAUUGUUGCAAAUGGCAGCGAAUUACAUGCAGCAACCAAACAGGUCAUGUACUCCGCCUUCAUCUCCGUGGAUCAUAUUCACAUUAUUUAUUUGGUCAAGCCAAUACCUCCACGUUGAUUGACUUGCAAAAUCUUCAACAUUUAGAUCUCAGUUCCAAUAGAUUUCUUAAUAGUAAUAUCUCAGAAGACAUUGGCUUGUUUACCAAGCUAAGACAUCUCAAUCUGUCAUAUUCCGAGUUUCGUGGGAGUAUUCCUUAUCAACUAGGCAAGCUUACACAUUUACAGUAUUUGGAUCUCAGCUACAAUUUUCUUGAUGGAGUUAUCCCAUAUCAACUCAAACACUUGGGACAACUACAAUAUCUCUGUCUUCAAGGGAAUAGUGAUCUUUCAGGAGCAAUUCCUUUUCAAAGUGGUGAUCUUCCAUUGCUGCAAACUCUCAAGCUCGGUGGUGACUUUGAUCUUGAAACUAAAGGUGCAGAAUGGGUGUCUAAUCUCUCCUUUUUAAAUACUCUUGACUUCACGUCAAUGAGUCUUGGCAACUCUCACCACUGGCUUCAAAUGAUUCGUGCUAUUCCAAAUUUAUCACUAAGGCUCCCAAAAGGAGGAUCUACAGAUUUGAGUUCAAAUCAAUUCGAGGGUGUAAUUCCAUCCUUUUUGCUACAUUUUUCUUGGUUGAUUCUCUCUAGAAACAAAUUUUCAAAUGUAUCAUCACUGUUGUGUCAAGAGAACAACAUUGGUAGGGAAUUGGGCACUCUAGAUUUAUCAAACAAUCAAUUGAAGGGUUCAUUGCCUGAUUGUUGGAAAUCUUUAAGCUCGCUAUUGUUUCUUGAUCUAAGUAAUAAUAACUUGACAGGGAAGAUUCCACCAUCCUUGGGCUCCCUUGUCAAAUUGGAAGCUUUGGUCUUACGAAGCAAUGGAUUCAUUGGCAAACUACCUUCUAGUUUGAAGAACUGCACCAGUUUACUUUUGUUGGAUGUCAGUGAAAAUUUGCUGUCAGGUCCAAUACCCUCUUGGAUCGGUGAGAGUCUACACCAAUUGAUAGUUUUGAGCAUGUCAGGAAAUAGUUUCUCUGGAAAUAUUUCUAAGCAUCUCUGUUACCUAAAGAAAAUUCAACUGUUGGAUCUUUCAAGAAAUAACUUAUCAAAUAAAAUUCCAACAUGUUUAAAGAAUUUCACUGCAAUGUCCCAAAAGAGCGUCAACUCAACUGAAAACACACGUCUUAUAUAUUGGCACAACAGUACUUAUUAUGAGACUUAUGGUUUAUUUAUUUCUAGAUAUAUAUUUAACAUAACAAUAAUGUGGAAAGGUGUUAAAUGUGGAUUGAAGAAUCCAGAGUUGCUUCUUAAUAGCAUUGACCUCUCGAGCAAUCAUUUUACUGGUGAAAUCCCAAAUGAGAUUGUGUACUUGGUUGGAUUAGUUUCUUUGAAUCUUUCAAGAAACAAUUUGAGUGGAGAAAUUCCUUCUGAAAUAGGGAACAUAACUUCACUAGAAUCCCUAGACUUAUCAAGAAACCAUAUAUCUGGCACAAUCCCUUCAAGUCUUUCCGAGAUUGAUAAUCUAGGCAUGUUAGAGUUGUCAAACAACUCUCUUUAUGGAAGAAUCCCACCUGGAAGACACAUGGAUACCUUUGAUGCAUCUAGCUUUGAAGGAAAUCAUAAUCUUUGUGGUACACAACUUAACAAAACUUGUCCUGGAGACAUGCCAGAAGUAAAGCCUGAAGAACCAACAACACAUGAUGAUGCAGAUGACAAUUCAGACUUUUAUGAAGCAUUACACAUGAGCUUAGGCUUUGGAUUUUUCACUGGCUUCUGGGGUCUUUUAGGGCCAUUGUUGUUUUGGAGGUCUUGGAGAAUUGCUUAUCUCAGAUUCUUGAACAAAGUGGCGGACUACAUAUAUGUGACAGUGGCAGUAUAUGUAGCAAAAUUUCACAAGUGA